AUGAUUGCUGCGUACCUGGCACUUGCACUUGUCAGUUACCGCCUCAACGUAGUGCCGAUGUACGUCGCAUGGGUUGUCUUCAACACCUUGUACCACGAUAUGGGCGGAAGCGACUUCAGCGGCAUCUCGCGCAAUGCCAUCUGUGCUCUUGGCCUCGUAUGCCCUUUCAGCGGCGCUCUACGCAUCGCCCUCGGCCCGGAUACUACGAUGAGCUACGCAGCAUGGCAAUGGAUCUUUCUGGUCACACUUGGUAUCAUCGGCACAACGAUUCAUGCCCAAGACUUUCGCGACGAAGCCGGCGAUCGAGCCCGUGGCCGGCGUACCAUUCCAAUUGAGUUGGUGUUCAUAAUGCCGUCCAUCCACCCCGCCAUCGACAACGGUAUCAAGAAGGGCGACCCCAACUUCUCCGGCGGCAAGCUCUACUGCCAUUGCCCCACCAAGAAGGUCGAAGUUACCCUCGCUGGCAACGUCGCGCACAACCACGCCUGCGGCUGCUCGAAAUGCUGGAAGCCAAAGGGCGCGCUCUUCUCCGUCGUUGGCGUCAUUCCAAAGGACAACGUCUCCGUGACCGCCAACGGCGACAAGCUGCACAUCAUCGACGAAUCAGCGGCCAUCCAGCGUAAUGCCUGCAAGCAAUGCGGCGUCCACCUCUUCGGUCGCAUCGUCGUCGACCAUCCAUUCAAAGGCCUGGACUUCGUCCACGUUGAACUCAGUGACAAGAAGGGAUGGCAAGAGCCGCAGUUCGCCGCCUUCGUCAGCAGCAUCAUCGAGCAGGGUUUCAACCCAAAGGAGAUGGACGCCGUACGCGAGAAGUUCAGGAAGGAGGGUCUGCAGACAUACGAUGUACUUAGCCCAGCGUUGAUGGAUCUCAUCGCUACCUACACGGCGCAAAAGAGCGGGAAGCUGUCUUCGAAGUUGUAG